AGAGAAUCAGAUUCCCUAUUUAUAUGGCAGAUUAUACUGCUGAUAUUAUAACGUCUUCUCUCAAGAUAGCUUUUUAGCCCUUUAAUCGCACCCUUUUAAUCUCAUCCGUCCAAUUAUUUUACGAAUUUUAUUUAUCCAAAUUACAUUGUUGUGUGGGACCCCAACCACUGAAACUAAACUGCAAUUUUUUGACGAAUAAUGCAAAGCAUAUACCACGUGAUCCAAUCUUUUCUUACCCUCGUACUAACCACGGUUAACAAUUAACCAACCAUAGUCACGUUUCUACAUCGUAAGAUUUAGACACGUGUCUUACUCCAACGGACACGAUCAAAGUUUCUUAGAUAAUUUCCUCGUCACAAACCCCUAUAUAAACUCACCACGUCCGCUUAAGCCCUACGCACACUAGUACACACAGUAACUGAGUGAGAGAGAGAGAGAUGUCGAACCCAAAGGUCUUCUUCGACAUGACGGUCGGCGAUGCACCGGCCGGCCGUAUCGUGAUGGAGCUCUACGCUGACGUCGUUCCUAAGACUGCAGAGAACUUCCGUGCCCUCUGCACCGGAGAGAAAGGUAAGGGAAAGUCCGGCAAGCCACUGCACUUCAAAGGAUCUACCUUCCACCGUGUGAUCCCUGGCUUCAUGUGUCAGGGAGGUGACUUCACCGCCGGAAAUGGCACCGGAGGAGAGUCGAUCUACGGAGAGAAGUUCGCCGAUGAGAACUUCGCGAAGAAGCACACCAGUCCUGGUGUGCUGUCCAUGGCUAAUGCUGGUCCUGGAACCAAUGGAUCGCAGUUCUUUAUCUGUACCGCCAAGACAGAGUGGCUUGAUGGGAAGCAUGUGGUGUUUGGACAAGUUGUGGAGGGGAUGGAUGUGGUGAAGGCGAUCGAGAAGGUUGGAUCGGGAUCUGGAAGGACUUCCAAGACUGUGGCCAUCGCUGACUGUGGUCAAUGUUAGAUCUGUGAUCUGAUCUAUCUACCGACUGUCUUAUCCAUUACCUAAGCGUUGCUUUUUCUACCAUGCUUGGUCUUUUUUUUUUUGUUUUUUUGAAGUGUUUUGGGUGUAAAAGUGGUUGUGUUUCAGUCUUAGAUUUGGUGGUUCUACAGUGGAUAUAUGUGUUCUCUGAAUUAACUACCACUAAAUAAAAUAGGUUCACUUGUGUUUCAAUGGUCAGCAUCUAUUUCUAUAUAAUUGGAUUAAUCUUUUUUUUUAUAUGUAAUUAGAUUAAUUUUUUCUUUAACUUAAUUAAAGGUA